UAGAAAAGUGAGCCCUCUUCUUGAGAUAUAAAUUGUUCAUACAAGAAUUACAUGUUUUAUUGCUUAAAUCACAAUUGAUAUUUGCUCGGAACUGAUUAUCAUGUGGAAGCUAUUAGUAUUCUGCACGAUCGUGGGCUUUGUGGCUGCCGAGCAGGCUACUUUUAACAAUUAUAAGGUCAUCAGAUUUAAUGCGACUACACGGAGACAGGCGAAAUUGUUUUACGAGUUGACAAAAAAUCAUGAUGGAUUUUCCUACUGGAUUGCACCGUUUGCGAAUAAACAAGCGGAACUUAUGGUAGCUCCGCACAAGCUGCCUGAAUUCUAUGAAACAAUGAAGCAGAUGCAAAUACCCUAUACAGUUUUUAUUGAGAAUGUUCAGGCAUUAAUUAAUCGGGCAGCUCCCGCGAGAGCAUCGUCGACAUUUGAUUUUAAAAACUAUCACACAUUAGACGUAAUUAACAAGAAUCUAGAUGACUUGGCGAAACAAUAUCCCAAAAUUGUGCAAACUGUUGUGGGCGGCCAGACUUAUGAGGGACGUCAAAUCAAAGGCGUCAAAGUUUCCUUUAAAGCUAAUAAUCCUGGAGUCUUUAUUGAGGGUGGUAUUCACGCUAGAGAAUGGAUCUCGGUAGCAACUGUCAUGUACAUCUUGCAUGAAUUGUUGAAAAGCGACAAUUCAGAGAUCAGAGCUCUGGCUGAGAGCCACGAUUGGUAUAUCUUCCCAUCGUUCAAUCCCGACGGAUACGUGUACACGCACACCAAAAACCGAUUAUGGAGAAAAACACGUAAACAGUAUAGUUCCUUCUGUUAUGGCAGCGAUCCCAACAGAAACUGGGGUUACAAAUGGAAUACUGGAGGCUCUAGCAAUUCUGCAUGUUCCGAAACCUAUGCUGGAAAUGCACCAUUCUCCGAAAUUGAGACAAAGACCAUGUCCAAAUAUAUCGAUUCUAUUUCCGGCAAAUUGUACGCAUAUAUCGCGUUCCAUAGUUACUCGCAACUGUUGUUGUUCCCGUAUGGUCACACAACGGCUCACCUUGAUAACUAUAACGACUUGUAUGAUAUUGGUGUGAAAACGGCGACAGCUCUUGAAAAGAAAUAUGGAACUCAUUAUACGGUCGGAAAUGUUGCGGAGACAAUAUAUGUGGCAUCCGGAGGUUCUAUGGAUUGGGUUAAAGGAACUUAUGGUACACCUAUCACCUACACUUAUGAGUUACGUGAUACAGGUCGUUACGGUUUUUUGUUGCCAGCUGAUCAAAUUAUUCCGACUGGAGAAGAGAUUAUGGAUUCUCUUGUGACCAUGUUUAAAGAAGCAAAAGCACGUGGAUAUCCCAAAAAAACUAGAAAAAUUGAAGCUAACUAAGUUUCAUAUAAAUAUUAUUAUU